AUGGCUUCGAUUUUCGGACUCAGGGCCCUCCGGGCUGGACGACAGAUCCUCUCUUCACCCUCUACGCUGAUUGCAGCCCGACAAUCCCGCGCUCCCACCGUGCGGUCAUACUCGACCUCCGACCACCUUCCCAAGAUCGCAGACACGUCAGUAUGGACGGCGAUGAUUCCUAGAUUCCUACGCACUCGCCCGCGCAAGGAUCCCUCGAAACAAAAGUCCAAGGAGUGGAAUCCGGCCACAUUCUACAUUAUCAUUUUCACACUGAUCGGCUCGCAGGCCAUUCGCAUGAUCACAUUGAAGAACAGCUAUGCAGCAUAUACACGGUCGACAGAUGCGAAGAUCGAGCUGCUGCGCGAGGUAAUCACGCGCACGAAGAACGGAGAAAAGGUCGAUGUGGAGAAAUUACUCGGGACGGGCGAUGAAGCCAAGGAGAGAGAGUGGGAUGAGGUUCUGCGCGAGAUCGAAGCCGAAGACUCGUUAUGGCAUCAGAAAGCUACCGAGUCCAAGUUCGAGGAACCCAAGACCGAGACAGUCUCCCAGAAGCCCGCGCAGCCUGCACCUACGCCAGAUGCGGAGCCGGAGGUUCCCACGACGGAGUCGGCGCGGAAGAACAGAUUCUACUGA